AUGAAGUCAUCGUCACUUUGGAACAAAGUCGCGUUAGCCAGCACAAGUGGGCCAAAGUUUGGCGUGAAGACAGGAGCCGUAUUACCUGUCAUGUCCAACAACAUCCUCUUCUUACCGUUCCGCAAGACGAACCCGGUUGCCCUGUCCACUGCGAUCAAAGGGUAUAUUUCAAGCAAAUAUGAUCAGCAUCCUGAUAUGUUCCGGCAGGAUCUGGAGGUUAUCGAUGCGCUGAGGAGAGAUGCGGUACAUGUCAGAGAACCGCACACAAGUGGAAUUAAGAAGAUAGCUGCGUAUGCGGGGCAGAUUUCGUGGAUGGGGGCUAAAUUUCCCAUAGAUAUUGGGGUAGAGUUCACUUGGUACCCAGCGUUGGGAUACAAUACGGAGCGACCAAUUUCACAAGAUAACUUAAAGUUUGAACUUGCCAAUGUCCUGUACAACCUCGCAGCUUUAUACUCUCAGCUGGCGACAGCGUCGAAUCGUGCCACCACGGAAGGUCUACGAGCAGCAUGCAAUUACUUCUGUCUCGCUGCGGGAGUUAUCUCCCAUAUCAAGACAGAAGUCAUUCCAGAAUUACGAACUGCCCCUCCGGAAGACAUGGAUGAUGGGACCCUCGAAUCGCUUGAAUACCUGAUGCUCGCUCAAGCUCAAGAAUGUUUCUGGCAAAAAGCUGUAAUGGAUGGCUAUAAGGAUGCUUCAAUUGCCAAACUUGCUGCAAAAGUCUCUGAUUUCUAUGGUGCUGCUGGAGACUGGGGUGUUAAGAGUGAGGCAGUUAGUUCAGAGUGGAUACAUCAUACUACAGCUAAACACCACCAUUUCGCGGGUGCAGCGCAGUAUAGACAGGCGUGUGAUUGCUUAGAAAAGAGAAAGUAUGGCGAAGAAGUUGCGAGAUUAAGGGACAGCAUUACGUGUGUAAAUGAGGCAUUGAAAGAGGCCAGAUACUUAAAUAAGUCUGUGUUAGGUGACCUGAAUGGAUUGAAGAAUAGGGUCUCGGAAGACCUGAAAAGAGCAGAGAAAGACAAUGAUCUAAUAUACUUAAACCCUGUUCCACCGAAGUCAGAGCUCAAGACACUAGACCGGGCCAAUAUGGCUGUCGCAAAAGUUCCCAAAGAAACCUCAGAGCCGCAAAACUUUAUCGGAGACUCGAAGGAGUUUGGCCCACCGUUAUUCGCAAAAUUGGUACCCUUCGCGGUGCACCAAGCUGCCAGUAUAUAUGAAGAAAGACGAGAUCGUCUUGUCAACAAAAACAUAAUUGACGAGCUCGAAAUUCUUACCACGCAAAUUCACGAUACAUUGCGCUCACUCAACCUUCCUGGAUCCUUGCAAGCUUUGGAAAAACCGCUUGGGUUACCACCGACGCUGACUGCCCAUGCUGAAGAGAUCAGACAAGCAGAUGCCUUGACAAGACUUCAGCGAUCAUUUUCUGAUACUGCUAAAUUGAAGGCUUCUGAUGAUGCUAUCUUUGCGGAAGGUCGAGAGCUGCUUCAAGCGGAAGCUGCUGAGAACGAGAGGUUGCUAGCCAAAUAUGGCACUGACAGAUGGCAAAGACCAGACUCACGUACAGUGGCCAGUAAACUUUAUACCAGGACUACGGAAGUGGAAGGAUACCUAGUUGGUGCUGCAAAUAGCGAUGAAGUGGUACGCAAUAAAUUUAGAAACUGCGAAGAAAUGCUACGAAUUCUUUCUGGAUCCGAUCGAGAUAUUGGAAAUUUUGUGCCAAGCAGUCGCAGAGCGGCCAUUCCACCGAAACUGGAAGGAGAAGUUUCUCGAUUGCGAAAUAGUCUCAACGAAGUCUCUCGCCUCGAAUCGCGUAGACAACGGAAGAUUGAAGCUUUGAGGGAGAAAUCCAAAAAGGAUGACAUCAAUACUAGUAUCCUUGCCGAAGCCGCUCGCCUCGAACGCGAAUUACCAAAUCAAGCAGUGGUCGCUGCUCAUUUCGAGGACUUCUUUGAGCAACAGCUUAAGAAAUAUGAAGUAGAUAAGCAAGCGCUUAAAUCGGAGACCGAGGAACAAGAGCGAUUACUUUCUCAACUCCAACUUUCCAAUGCGCAAUUCUUAGCAGCCAGAGCCGGCGAUAAAUCGUCUCGCGAUCGAGAACAGGCUUUACAAAAGCUGGAGAAUGCAUAUUUCGCAUACAAAGAAAUUGUGAGCAACCUCGAAGUGGCCAGAAAAUUCUACAAUGAUCUAGCAAACAUCGUCGGGCGUUUCAGAGACGAAUGCAAGGCUUUCGUGUAUAAUAGGAGGCAAGAAGCCAUGGCUUUGGAAUCCGAGCUCUCGCUUCCUCCUCUGAAUUCGUUGAGCAUGCACAACCCAAGCUCUCCAGCACCGGCUCAAAUUCCACGCACCUAUAACGCUCCUCAGGGGCCAAGUCGAAGAACGUCUCUCUCCGGAUCUUCCACAUUAGCGAAUAAUAGUGGACAGGAUAUUCCUGCUCCCAUAGCCACGAGAGCUUCGUUAGGUAGUCCAUCUUUGCAGAAUAGUGGUCCUGUCGCAGGAGGCACUUGGAAUCCUGAAAUGGGAAUCAAAUUCGGAGGACUUGGGAGUCAGGGGGUGCAGCAGCAGCAGCAGCAGCAAGGUGGACAACAACAAGGUUCCAACAAAACUUGGGAUCCUAAUCGGGGAUUUAAAUUUGGUUGA